AUGAGCACCAAUACUAGUGAUGGAGGUAUCGACUUCGCUCUUUACCGUUACACUCCUUCGAUUCCGGCGGCAGUGGUUUUUGCAGCGAUUUUCCUAAUUGUCACAAUUCUGCAUGGUAUUCAACUAUGGCGAUACCGCACUUAUUUCUUCGUUCCCUUCAUCAUUGGUCUACUCUUUGAAUGCGCUGGCUACAUCGCCCGAAUCUUCUCACACUUCGACACCAAAGCCCUCGGUCCAUACAUCGUUCAGACGAUGCUGAUUUUGGUCGCGCCGCCACUUUUCGCUGCCUCAAUCUAUAUGACUCUGGGCAGAGUCAUUGUUGCACUCAACUGUCACCAGUAUUCAGUCGUACCAGUUCGAUUUCUUACAAAAAUAUUUGUGGUCGGAGAUGUGAUCUCUUUCCUUCUCCAGUGUGGAGGGGGUGGCUAUAUGGCCGCUGGAAGUCUUUCCGCCAUGAAUAUCGGUGCGAAUAUCGUCAUUGGCGGUCUUGCUAUUCAGCUUCUUUUCUUCGGGUUCUUCGUCAUCGUUUCCGCGGUGUUCCACUGGCGCGUUAAGAGAAACUCGCGAAAUAUUUCACAUUGUUUGGAGCAUAGCAAGAAGUGGGAACCCAUAAUGUGGGCUCUCUACGCUGCUUGCUUCCUCAUCCUGGUUCGAUCCAUUUUCCGUGUGGCCGAAUUUGUCGAGGGAAAUGAUGGGUUUAUCAUGAGAAGAGAAUAUCUCUUGUACAUUUUCGAUGCUUGUCUCAUGGCUUUGAGUGGGAUUGUGUUGGUAGUCAUCUACCCCGGUUCUUUUCUCGGUCGCAAUGGUAACAAGCGAGAUAGUGAGCUCCAGCUUAUGUCUACAGAUGAAGGCUAUAGACCACAGAGAUCAAAGGAUUAUGAAGCUUGA